AUGAGGUGCCGUCUCUGCACGUUCGACGCGGCCCUGGGCCCCCGGCGGCUUAUGCGUGUGGGGCUGGCCCUGAUCCUGGUGGGCCACGUGAACCUGCUGCUGGGAGCUGUGCUCCACGGCACGGUCCUGCGGCACGUGGCCAAUCCCAGCGGUUCCGUCACACCGGAGUACACUACGGCCAAUGUCAUCUCCGUGGGCUCCGGGCUGCUGAGCGUUACCCUGGGAAUCGUCGCCCUCCUGGCAUCCAGGAACCUUCUUCGGCAGCAGCUGCACUGGGCCUUGCUGACACUAGCGUUGGUGAAUCUGCUCUUGUCUGCUGCGUGUUCCCUGGGCAUUCUUCUUGCUGUGGCACUUACUGUGGCCAAUGGUGGACGCCGUCUUCUCGGAGACUGCCAUCCAGGGCUGUUGGAUCCUUUGGUACCACUGGACCAGGGGUCUGGACAGGUUGACUGUCCCUUUGACCCCACAAGAAUCUAUGAUACAGCCUUAGCUUUUUGGAUCCCUUCUCUGGUCAUGUCUGCAGUGGAGGCGGCUCUUUCUGGUUACUGUUGUGUGGCUGCACUCACCCUCCGAGGGAUUGGGCCCUGCAGAAAGGAAGGGCUGCAGCUGCAGCUAGAGGAGCUGCCAGAGCCUGAACUUCCUAAAUGUACAAGGCAAGAAAAUGAGCAGCUACUGGAUCAAAAUCCAGAAAUCCAGGCCUCCAAGAAGAGCUGGGCUUAG